AUGAACGGAAUUAGAAAAGUCAAUAAUAUAUCAGAACAUAUGCAUGGUUAUGGAAAUGACAAACCACUAAACAAUCCUUUUGGAACACGUGCUGAUAUUUCAGGUUCUCCUGAGAACAGUUAUAGCAAUAACCCUUCUACAAGUUAUAACCAAAAUGGACGGUUUGGUGGCCAACAAAUGGAUUUUUAUAACUGGGGUAACAAUUCUAGUGAUAAUUUCAAUGUUGGUGGGACUUUUUCGUUGAAUAAAAAUGAUAAUACAAAUUCUUUUAAUAUAUUAAAUAAUGCCAAUCACCAAUUCUCUACCUAUGGCAAUGAUAAUUUUCAGAGUUACAGUACUCCACACAUGAUGAAUGGUACUGGAAUACAGGGUGGAAUGGGAGGAAUGAAUAACGUGAGCUCUGCGCCAGGAAACAAUAUGCUAAAUUUUGGGAAUAAUACAUCCCAGCUUGUGAUGGGCAUUGUGUCAAAUACUGUUAAAGAGACGACAGGAUUGAAUUCUGAGAAGAUCAGUCAACUCCAGCUUUGGUUUCCACAGACAAUUGCUUCACUAAGAUCCCAUUUUGCAGUUAGCCAUGAAUAUGUAUUAAAGAAGAUAUUUCUGAUCAUUUGUCCUUUCAUCACAUUUUUCACUCAAAGCAAGAAACCAUUUUCUUAUGAAAACCACACUUCGAUUUCUUCUAAUGCAAAUGAUGGAGGAGCAUGUCUUCCAACACUCUUCUCUGAUCUUUACAUUCCACUCAUGGGAUUUAUAACAUAUGUUUUGGCAGAUGGCGUAAUUAAUGGUGUGUUUUCUCAAUUCAAUCCUCAGAUUCUUGGCUCGACUGCAACGUUUUCAAUUGUAUUACUAAUAACGGAAAUAAUUCUUUUUCAAUUAGUUGCCUAUAUAUUUUCCGCAAGAGUUUUAUCAACUUUGGACCUAAUUAGCACUUUGGGAUACAAGUACACUUCGAUUGUUCUAUGCGAUUUCGUACUUUUGUCCACUGGUGGAAUAAAAACACAUGUCUUUUGGGGACUUUUUAUAUACUUUUCUAUUUCAUCUUCUUUAUUAGUUUAUAUGAUGCUCAAAGUAAUUUCUACACAAAGUUUUAGCAAUCAAUUCAGCAUGAUUCAACAAUCGGGUCUCACGAUUGUGAUUUUUAUUUCGUCGUUAGCCCAGAUUCCACUUUGUUGGAUUCUCUUGCCUUCUAUCUAG